ACACCACUCACAACAUGACAGAACUCCAAAAUUUCGGGAUAGCCAAAUUACCAGUUUUGCCCUGAUUUCCGGGUCAAUAAAGCCAAUGUGACCGCUAAUGGGGAACAGUCCGAGCGCCGGUCAAGUGGGUCGAAGGCCAUCGCAACCCUGCUGCGAGGAGGGCAUUUUCCACGGAAGCCAUCGGAAUGCGGAGCGGAAUCGCAGUCGCCACUGCUUCGUGAUUCGCUCACAAAGGCCUCCUAAGAACGUGGCUAUCCUUGGUGCAGAAACUCGGUGCUGCUGUUCUCCACCAACGACGAUAUGCCCAUGCUCAUCUGCGCCUGCUAAGCCCCGCCAGCGAUGCUGCUGUUCCUCAGCUACGGAGCCUGGAAGGCAACGCGUUUGCUGCUCCUCCGGGAACAAGCCGCAGAGAUGCAUUAGCAACUGCCCUGGCAACGGACAUGGCGGACCAGCGGCGCGGAGGAUACAGAUGUGCCAUCCGGAUGCAUACCCCGUGCCUGAGCCUCUGAAGACGAAGCCGAUGUGCUUUCAUCCCAUUGGUGCUAGAUGCAAUGGUGAGAAUCAGAAAGCGGAGCAGCCCAGGCCGGCAGUGGCUUCGGAGGAGCUAAUUCUCCUACAGCCAGACCCACAGUCUGAGAUUCCAAACAGCGACUCCAUACGAUCCUUUCAGCCCGCUGUUCACGCGAUAAAUGAAAACUGCCAGGAUCCCCAUGAUCCCUACUAUCCAUAUCCCCCUAGAAGCAGGCGUCUGCAGGAAGUGGAUCCUCUAGUCAACUUUGAUCUGAAUCGCUUCGAUAGGGAUGCUACCCGUCGAGGUCCCGCAGGCAGGAGAAGAAACGUCUCCAUACGCACCUGCGUAGACUACGAUUACGAACCGGGAUAUCCAGCUCGAGAGAACAUAUAUUUAGUUCCAAAUAGUCCACCCGGAAAUCGUCAUCCACAAACUUAUUCCGGUCAUGCUCGUCCUCAGGCUCCCUCCAAAUAUUCACCAUUAAGAUCACGACCCCCUCCGGCAUACCAACCUUUAUAUGAAUCGAACCCCCCUAGUUGUUCAUCCCCUCCCGCUGCAUGUCCACCCAGAACCCGACCACCCGCAAAAAUGCAGCGUCAAUAUCAUCCCAGAACUCUACCGGGAUCAUAUGAAAAUUCUGGGAUCGACUACGUUAAGUGUCCGUAUAGAUGACAGGCCAAAAUAGGACAAACUAAUAACCCUGAAAGUUUGAGAAGUACUGGUAGGGCUGCGCACUGUGCUUAGUGUUGGAAACCGCAAGUCACAGUGCGGAAGAAGAAGACCUCGCGUGCAAAACACGCCGCAAUAUAUUAUUUUAUUUCAAUUAUAAUAAAAUAAAGCCAGUCAUGGAUGAUGCAGACUAC